UGUUAUUCCUGGACUGGAGUGGAGUGUAAUUUUGGAACGCAGCAUAGAGUAUAUGGGUGGAUCUGUAAUGUUGUAUUAUUGCAAUGAAAAACAAGAACAGUUUGUUUGUUAUGUAAACGUCUUGACGGCUUUAUUGAGAUCGUGAAUCGUUGGUUUUUAACAUAUCUCAUAGUUCCUUUACAUACACGUUUUUAGGUUCAAAUCUUAUGAUUAUUUAAACUAGGAACCUCCAGAAAUAGUAUUACAAUCUAUUGAACAUGGCAGGCGCGCCUAGUGACUGGCAGCUAGGAUGCACAGAGAUGAAGCAACGUGGUGGUCACCUCUUACAGUCCGGACAAUGGUCAGACUGUACAUUCCUUGUAGGAACAGAGCCGAAUCAAGUUAUGGUGUCUGGACACAAGCUCAUCCUCGCAAUGGCUUCUCCAGUGUUUGAAGCCAUGUUCUAUGGUGGAAUGGCUGAGAGAAAUGAUCCUAUUCCAAUACUGGAUGUUCAGCCAGAAGCUUUCAAAGCUCUACUAGAAUAUAUUUAUACAGACAACAUAAAUAUAAGUUCAUUUGACAAGGCAUGUGAGCUCUGCUAUGGAGCUAAAAAGUACAUGCUGCCCCACUUGGUAAAGGAAUGCACCAGAUAUCUUUGGUCUGAUCUUUAUCCAAGAAAUGCUUGUAGAGCUUAUGAGUUUGCUAGACUUUUUGAAGAGAAUGUACUCAUGGAAAAAUGUAUACAGAUAAUAAGCACUAAUACAAAAGAAGUGUUGAACGACACUAGUUUUGAAGAAGUUGAAUUAAAUACUGUUAUUACAGUAUUCUCCUUAGACCAUUUAAAUAUUGACAGUGAGUUAGAUUUAUUUGAAGCAGCUGUUCGUUAUGCUAAAGCUCAUGAAAAAAGGGGUAAUGACCGCAGUGCAAGUCCACCUGCUCCAGAUAAUGGUGUACAGUCUGAAACAAAAAGCAAAAGUCCAGUACCUUCCUCUUCAAAUGAGAAUGAAGUAAAUGUUGAUGGCAGUGUGGAGAACAGCCCUGAGAGUACAUCGGAGCCUUGCAAGGCUUCUGAACCUGAGCAAACCACCCCUGGACCUUCUAGUGAUGAUGGCAAAAAGAAUAAAGAGCAAAAGGAGCGUGUGACAAUACGCAGCGCUGUCGAGAAGAUCCGUUUCCUGACGCUGACAGCUCAACAGUUCGCGGGCGGUCCGGCGCACUCGGUGCUGCUGUCGCAGGCGGAGUCCUUCGCGGUGCUGAUGAACAUCCUCUCCAGCCAGGCGCCCGUACCCAUGCCUCAAGGGUUCUCCACUUGUCGCGUCCCUAGGAAGCAGCUGAUCGGUGGCGGACCCUCCACGGGGAUGCUGACGUUCACGGUGGACACGCCGAGCCCGGUGACGGUGGAGCCGGUGUUCGGCGCCGAGCUGGCCCGCCCCGGGAACCCCCUCGCGCCGCACGCGCAUGCCUGCCUGUUCUCACACCCAAGGCUCAACCGGCACGAAGGUGGUCGAGCCCCCAUGAUGGCGGGGGUAGGAAUGGGAGCCGGAAUGGGUAUGGGAUCGCUGGGCCUAGAGCAGGGCGAGCGGCACUCGGACUUUAACAAGAUCUACUGCCAGCGGCCCAUCUUACAGCAAAUGGACUGCUUCAACGCCAGCGUGCUCGACUGUUCCGUCACCUUCAUGGUGGAUAAGAACAUAUGCCUGCUUGGCGUGCAGGUGCCGACGCAAGCGCCUUGCGAGAACUCGAGCGCGAUGCCGGGAGGGGGCGGGGCGGGGAUGCUGUCGGGGACGGGGUCGAUGUCGGGGACCGGGGCCGGGCCGGGCGCGGGGCCGGGCCAGGGGGCGGGGUCGGGGCUGGGGCCGGGGCUGGGGCCGGGGCUGGGGCCGGGCGGGUACAGCGAGCUGCUGUACGCCCACUUGUUGGACUCGGACGGGGCCAGGCUCACGUAUACGCACUACACUAGCCGGGUGCCGCACCGACAUCUGCUGGACAUCAUGUUCAACCGGCCCAUCUACAUACAGAGGAACAAGGUAUACAAGGUGGGCAUAGUGUUCAACAAAGCAGGCUGGUAUCCUAUGGGCGUAUGCGCGCAGCAGGUUGCGGCAGAAUCUGUAUUCUUUAACUUUGGCAUCGGCCAGAGCAGCGAUAGCGUGCGCGACGGGCUCAUACGCUCCAUCAUAUUCACGUACUAACCACCGUUGAUACGAGACGGUAUCUUUUAUACGGCACGAGAGAACCCCUCAACAUUGCUAAUUUUUUGUUUAAAAUCGAAAUUGGUAAGCCGCGCUUUGAAUUGGCAAGUCAAUCAUGGUCGGGUGACAAAUUUGAUGCAAUCUUGUAUCGCGACGUUUGCAGGCGUGUCACACGCUUAUGCAGUAUUAUUACAUAAGCUUGGCACAAGCGGCUGCCCUUGUAUGCGGUCACUUGUGUAAGUACUUGUUGUACGUUAGAAAAACUAUGAAUUUCUCUCUUAUUAAAAACGAAUUAGUCUCUUUGUGUUUUGUGUUUCUUGAUCGAUUUACAAAAUCAGUUAUUUAAUAUAACAUGUCCAAGCCCAAUCUAAGGGGGUUAAGUAAAGCUUGGAUAUACACUUAAGCGCGUUUUGAUGCGACGAUAAGUUGAUAAUAAUUUUUAUUUUUUCUUUGAGUUGCUUCUUUUUCUUGUGUGAAAUGUAUUUAGAGAAAAUGUGAACGAAAAGAUUUGACAAAAAUUAUGUUAAUAUUCAUAAUUAUGUGAGAGCUAGUUGCGAUUGCGCUGAGGAAUCGCGCGUAAGAGCGUUUAAUAAAACUCUCAGCUUAAAUUUUGAACUUUAUAUCCGAUGCCUAACGUCCAAAAUGGCAAGAUGAUGGAUGAAAUACUCGCCUGAGUUAAAAGCGAGCUUCUAUGAAGCGAUCAGUACCGUUGGCACGAACCAUUAUCGUAUUCGAUUAGUUUGCGAGUCCGAAAUUUCAUUGUCAAAUUUUGUAUGAAAACUUGAACAUAAGCGCCAUAACGUACGUUAGUGUUGCCGAACUAUUGAUAUUAAAACUAUCGACAGUUUACAUCGAAAAUCAUGUACCCUAUCGAUAGAAUCGAUAGUAUCGAUAAUACAGAAAAAGUCAAUACUAUCGAAUGAGUGCAAUACUAUAGAUACUAUCGAUACUAUUGUAGUUCGUUAAUAACAAACUAUUUAUAGUAUCGAUAAUAUCGAUAGUGUUGAUUUUAUCUGCAACAAUACUAUCGAUACUAGCGAUUGUUUUAGACUAAAGUUUGUGAUUGACUAUAAUACCUGAAA